UCGUCUGCACUCUGCAAUUCUGCAAAUCGAGAGUUUCUCGUUGUUUUACUGGGCAGACGUCGUCGAUCAGAGCUCAAGAAUCUUAAUUGAAAUUUCGUAAGAUUUUAGCAUUUUAGCAUUAAAAAAUUGUUUUCUUCUUCCAACAAUACGAAGAAUCAAGGUCAUUUCCCACAGUAGUUGAAGACUGCUUCCAAUUUAUCUUUCGUAUAGCUGGGAUUAUUUAUAUUUUUCCAUCCAACUAGCAGCUAUCUGGUCUUAAUCUUUUCGCUGUCCAUUAAUUAUCUCUCCUGCUGUUGAGGGGUAAACUAUUUGUUCUCCAGCGGCCGGCCAACAAGCUCUGCGCCAUGAAAAUCACACUGCCCAUCACUAGUGUCGUAUGUCUUUUCCUCAUGAGUUUCGACGCCGGCAGAAAUUGUCUUCCGAUUAAAAGAUGGGAUACCUGCUGGGAGAUCGCCAUCUCUUGCGGAAUCGAUCUAGAUGCUCUGUACAAAAUCAAUCCGUCCUUGAUUGGCGGCCAAGCUUGCGAUAAUCUGAGGAUUGGAGACGCUAUUGGCUGUCAAGCAGCAAGAAACGCCAUCGAAGAGAAUUGGAACACCGGCGAAGGCAACGUCAAAUGGCAAUUCAAUUGCGAUUAUUACGGGCACGAUUUGGAGCGGUUGCCGAGUUCCGGCGAAAAUUGCGGAGGCCUCUGUGUUGCCCACCCCAAAUGCACCCAUUUUCGUUACACCGACGAUGGCUACUGUUACUUGAAGACAUUACCGCUAACAAGUCGUCGUACCCCCGCCAAAGGUGGCGUGUGCGGCUAUCUUCCGUUUAAAUUCGAAUCACCGCCUCGGGACGUUUGGAAUUCCGGAGAGGGUGGUGUCAAGUGGCUUCUCAACUGCGAUUUCUUCGGCAACGACAUCGGGCGAAUCGAGGCUACCGGAGAGCAAUGCGGCGGCCUGUGCGUUGCCAAUCCUGAAUGCAACCACUUCCGCCACAGCGAUGGGACCUGUUACCUUAAAAAAACCUCGUUGAAUACUCCUCGUACACCCAUCAACGGUGGCGUGUGUGGUUACCUACCUUUCAGGGAUUUCGAUUCUUGUCCGGCAGUUGGCGGAUUAGAGUCGAAAUGCCGGCCGGUCAAAGACUGCGCUGUCUGGUACGAUCUCGUUUUAACCACUCCCGGCGCGGGCUGCGCCUUAGCCGAUGGCGGUCCGGGAGCUUGCUGUCCAGAUCUUCCUGCAAACAGUUACGGAGCACCUCCUCUGCAAGAAAACGAGAAGAAAGCCAAGCAAUAUAAUCUCGUAUUUAAUUCGCCUAAGCAACAGCAGCAGUACAACAGCAUUAACAACUCUAUGAACUCGGCGGCUGAGGCCGGUAAACUGCAGAUGAAGGUCACCGACACGAUAGAGACUCAACUUUUCGUGAAAAAAAUUUUCGUUUUGCCCGGCUCGUCUCGUGCUACACACGCACUGGUCUUCACCAGCACAGCGGAGUCAGAGAAAAUGAGUCGUGACGCAAUGAUGGAAUCUUACACCGUCACUGAGAUUGUUAAAAGAUUUAACAUUAAGCCGGAAGAUGUUCAGAGGACCAUGAAACAAUUCAACUUAAAGGACACGAUUUUGUCGGGAAUGUGCACCGCCGAUCCUGUUUGUGAUGAAAAAACAAUCCGUUCCCCUUACAGAACGCUGGAUGGAUCGUGCAACAACAUCCAGCGACCUUCCUGGGGAAAAUCGCUCACACAAUUCCAACGGGCUCUUCCUUCUGCUUACGCUGACGGUGUACGGACUCCCAGACGAGCUAAAAAUGGCGGCGAACUUCCCAGCGCUCGAUUGGUGUCAACAACCGUCGCCGUCGAUAUUGACUCUCCCAGCCAAAGUGACACGACCUGGGUCAUGCAGUACGGGCAGUUCAUCGAUCACGAUUUCACGAGAACUCCCGAAUUCAAAAUGGCCAAUGGAAGCACUAUUCCGUGCUGUAUGCCGGAUGGGAAAUUUAUUGAGAAAAAGCUUGUCCAUCCCGAGUGUUUUCCGAUUGAGAUUCCGGAGAACGAUUCUUUUUUCUCGAAGUUUGGCCAACGUUGUAUGCCAUUGGUCCGUUCGGCACCGAUUCGCAGGUCAGAUUGCACCUUCGGCGCUUCCGAACAGAUGAACCAAUUGACGCACUUUCUGGACAACUCGAACGUCUACGGUUCCGACGACAAAACAGCGCGGGAAUUACGAACGUUUAAAAAAGGCGGCAUGAAAGUCACUCCCAGGAAUGAAUUAGAUUUACUCCCAGCCGACGAGGAGUCUAAGGUGUCGUGUACCUUGUCCAAAACAGUGUCCGGAAUCGAUCCACCCACCGAUGUCAAGUGCUUCAAAACAGGUGAUACAUCUCGAGUGAACGAGCACCCCAAUUUAGCUGUGACCCAUACGAUUUUCUUGCGUGAACACAACCGACUGGCGGCUGAACUGGCCCGUUUGAAUCCCGGAUGGGACGACGAGCGUCUCUACCAGGAGGCCAGACAAAUUCUGGCCGCCCAAAUGCAGCACAUCACAUUCAACGAAUGGCUGCCCGUCAUUAUCGGUCGAGUGAAAAUGCAGGAACUCGGUCUGCUGCCACUGCAACAAGGUUCCAGUCAAGAUUACGACAAGAACCUCAAUCCGUCCGUUUUGAACGAAUUUGCUGCAGCCGCUUUCCGGUUCGGCCACACCCUCAUCCAAGGGAAACAUCAUUUGACUAAUCAGCGGGGGACCAAGGAUCGAGAAAUCCUGUUACGUCAACACUUUUUCAAAAUGCAGGAAAUAUACACGCCGGGCAAUCUCGACAAGUUUCUCAUUGGAUUGGUGACAAAUCAUUUAUUUGAAGAGCAAGGCAAGGGUUUUGGCUUGGAUUUGGUUUCACUUAACCUCCAACGCGGUCGUGAUCAUGGUAUUCCCGGCUAUAACGCCUAUCGGACCCAAUGUGGUUUGCCACCUGCCGGCCAAUUCAGCGACCUUCUCAAUUUGAUUUCCCCUGCGAUUUUGGAUAAAUUUGCGAAAUUGUACGAUACGGUUGACGACAUCGACCUGUUCAUCGGGGCCAUGUCAGAGCGAUUGGCUCCAGGUGCCUUGGUGGGACCCACUUUUCAGUGCAUCAUAGCCGAUCAGUUUCUGAAACUGAAACGGGGCGACCGCUUCUUCUACGAUCUCGCUGGACAGCCCAGCAGCUUCACCAAAGAUCAACUGACUGAAAUCCGACGCGCCAGUUUUGCCCGUCUCGUCUGUGACAACUUCAACGUGAAAUCCAGCCAGCCUCUAAUCUUUAAAACACCAUCUCACGUAAACCCGAUUUUGAAUUGCGAUUCCGGCUCUAUCCCUCGUCUUAACCUUCGCCCAUUCGGGGUGGAAGAUCGCUGGCCGGAAUACAACACCGGUGACGGCGGUGUUAAAUGGCUGCAGAAUUGCGACUUCCCCGGCUACGAUCUGAGUCGAAAGACCAUCAACAGGAGAACAGUGCGGCCGACUCUGCAUCAAUGACGGUAAGUGCAACGCGUUUACCUACAACUCGGUGACGGGAAUCUGUUUCUUGAAAGACAUUCCAGCCUCGUAUGGUCGCUCACCUUGGAACGGAGCUAUCUGCGGCUUCCUUCCGUGGAAAUUUUAAUUGUUUCUAAUAUAUUUAAAUACUCUUUAUCUGUGAAUCGACUGCCCAAAAUCUGUCCUCUUGCAGGUAGAUUAUUUGUAUCGCGCCUUACCUGCUAGCAGAGUGUAGAGCAAAAUACAAAAUGUCGAGUGAAA